UGCCCGCCUACACGCGUUCGCGCGAAAUUUAAGCAUAAACAAAUAGAGUUUUGCGUUUAUUUUUUUAGCUUCAGUGUUUGUUUUUAAUUAAUAUUUUAUUCGGAUUCCUGUUUGCGUGCCAUGAUAGGUUUAUUAUAAUAGAUUAGUAGUAUUUUUAAAAGUGGAUAUAUUAAUGAGAAAAAUGGGUGAGCAAUCGUUAAAUAUGCCGGAUGAAAGUAUAGAGCAGCAUAUAAUAACGUUGUUUGAGAAAUUGGAAGGUUUGAGGAAAGAUGGUAACGAGGGAUUGGCUGGUCGAGUGCCGGCUCGGUUGGAAGUGAGGACUCUAUCGCUGUGGAAGGCCGUGCUGGCGGAGUGCGCGGCCUCGUUCUUGUAUGUUUUCAUAGUGUGCGGGGCAGCUAUGGGAGCUGGAGUCGGUGCUUCGGCCUCGGCGAUCCUGCUGUCUACGGCCUUAGCUUCGGGAUGUGCUAUCGCCACGCUGACGUUUUGCUUUGUCAAUAUUUCUGGUGCACACAUCAACCCGGCGGUAUCGGCGGCGCUCUGCGUGCGCAGGCGCGUGUCGCCGUUGCGCGCGAUCCUGUAUGUGGCCGCGCAGUGCGGAGGAGCUAUAGCCGGGGCUGCUGCGAGUUUAGGCCUGAGCAUGCCGGGAUACGGCGGCAGCCUGGCCGCCGCGCUCCCCGGCGCCGGCAGCGCGUGGGAGCGCCUCGGCGCUGAGCUGGUGCUGUCCGGGCUGGUGGCGGCGGCCUACUUCGCCGCCAUGGAGCGCCGCUGGACCGGCGCGGCGCCCGCGCUUCUUGGAGCGGCUUACUGUGCUGCGACGUUUGUCUCUAUGCCAUCACUAAACCCAGCGCGCUCGCUAGGCCCCUCCUUCGUCCUCUCCCGCUGGGAGAGCCACUGGGUGAGCUGGGUGGGCGGGCUCGGCGGCGGCGCGGCCUGCGCGCUCCUCCACGAGUGGGGCUCGCGGCGCCCGCGCACCUCCUCCCGGGCCUCGUCCCCCCGAGACCUCGACGACGACAAGCCGGCGUUCCCACACUACAGACACGCUCCGACUUACUGCGCUGCCUCGGCCCCAAGGCCGGAUAAUGCUGAGCCGCUGUAUUCGGGGACGAAGAGUCUGUACUGCAGGUCGCCGCCGCCAGCCAGGCACACGCUUCACAGGUCAGCCGGACCGCACGCUCACAUAUCACAAUCCGUCUACAGCAAAGGCAGCAGCGCCACGACCGCCACCAACGGCCCGACGGCCGGCGCGCCGCUAGUCUCCGCGCAAUCGUUACUACUCCGACCGCACGCGACGCUAGCGCACGCUCACGCGCACGCACCGCACGCGCAGCACGCGCUCACGCACAACCAGAAUGCGCACAACGCGCAGCGGGAGCCCGCAUACGGGACCGCAAAUGGAGUCAGACCGGGACCAGCUGGGGCCCCGGGCACCGAGCGGCGCGACUCUCUCUACAGCGGGCGGCGCGGGCCGCUGUCCUCGGAGGACUCGGCCUACUCCACCUACUCGCGUUCCAACUACCGCCCCGACCACUACUAGCGACGCGCCUCGCAGCACAACAUUGCGCUGCUCUUCGACGUCUAAUGACGUUGCCGUUACGUCCGACUGGACGUCUAAUCGGGACACUGACGCCUCUGUCACGCCUGAGUGACAAACGUUACAGUGCAACAGUGAUCUUUGAAGCUAGUGUUCUAAGUGCUGCCGAUUCGGGCACGGACAAAGUU